UCCAGUGGAUGCUACAUCUGGACUUCUUUCUGGGUCGUGUCAACUGUAGGAAAGUCGUCGUCUCUCUUCAUCUCUCCUCCGUCCGAUCAAGAGCACAACAAACAAUCAGCCAUGGCAGGCCGAGAAAUCCUCAACAAGAUGAAGGAAAAGGUUGGCUUAUCAUCAUCUUCAGGUGAAACUGGAAAAGGGAAGAGCAAAAUGUCGAAACAUGUUACACAUGGGUAUCAUUUAGUUAAGGGAAAAUCAUAUCAUGAUAUGGAAGAUUAUGUGUUUGCACAAUUCAAGAAUGUUGAUGAUAAUGAACUUGGUUUGUUUGCUAUAUUCGACGGUCAUUUGAGCCAUGAAGUUCCCGAUUAUCUCCGUUCUCAUUUGUUCGAAAACAUUUUGAAUGAGCCUGAUUUUUGGACCAAGACUGAGUCUGCAAUCAGAAGAGCGUAUCGCGUAACCGAUAAAACGAUUCUGGAUAAAGCGGUUGAUUUGGGUAGAGGAGGUUCAACUGCGGUUACAGCAAUCCUAAUAAAUUGUAAAAAGCUUGUAGUUGCUAAUGUUGGCGACUCGCGGGCUGUGAUAUGCAAUAAAGGUGUGGCUAAACAAUUAUCGAUCGACCAUGAGCCUAGCACGGAACGAAAGCUUAUUGAGAACAGAGGAGGUUUUGUAUCCACCUUUCCAGGUGAUGUUCCACGAGUCGAUGGGCGGUUGGCGGUAGCAAGAGCAUUUGGGGACAAGAGCUUGAAGGAACACCUGAGUUCCGAACCAGAUGUAUUCGUGGAAAUGAUAGAUGAUGCUACGGAAUUUAUAAUCUUGGCAAGCGAUGGCGUGUGGAAGGUUUUAUCAAAUCAGGAGGCUGUAGAUUGCAUAAAGAAUGUGAAGGAUGCAAGGUUAGCUGCAAAGCAAUUGACUGAAGAGGCAUUAGCAAGGAAGAGCACUGAUGACAUUUCCUGCAUUGUUGUAAGGUUCCAAUAAUCCCUAUAUCUUAAUUAUUCAGCCAUUCGAAAUAUAACAUAUAAGGCUGGCUGUUUCUAUGUUGUUUGUAUCAUAUUUAUAUUUAAAAAAGAUUGCAUUUUUAACCACAAUGAAAUGUGGGGAGAGUGCUUAACCUUGAACAAAAACAUGCAAAAUGCAUCUUUUAUUGCUUUUUUAUAUUAUUUUUACACCUGUAAUGUGAAAAAAAGAACUAAAGUUAAAAACU